UACUGUCACCCUACCUUACAAGUGGCUUUAGUUUGUUUGUCUACUUUGCGAAACCGGCCAAACCAAUUGAAACAUAACGGUCACAACUUGCCUCACGAGCAUAACUACAAUAUAAUGCCAAAGUGAGCUUUCGUAAUACAUUUGUGCUUCGGCUACUUUGCAUAUCGCGGACCUUACGUUGCAGUCUUAUAAUUUAAGGAUAUAUCUCGAUUUAAAGUUGUAUUGAUUAAAAAAACAACAAAAUUUAUUGUAAAGGAAUGGUGAAAUCUCAAAGUGUUGUCGAAAAAAUUCAAGGUGAAAUGGCAAAAACGUUAGACCAGUGCGCCCUAAACCAACAGUUUUCCUAGAAACAGUUUAACUUUCCUUGAAACAAGCGAGUUUUCAAUAAAAUUCAAAUUAAAAUAACAUGAAUUUUUGUGCAAAAUCUUUUAAUGCAUAUACGAUCUUUCGAGACAAUCCAUGUUUAAUGAAUGUUAACCAUAAAUACUACACUACAAUGCCGAAACACAAUAAAUACCUGCAUUCAAAAUAUACAGUAUAAUAUAUGGAUAUACAAGGGUAUGGGUACAUAUCUAUAAAUGUACAUAUGUGCGUUAAAUUAGUGAUUCAAACGCUCUAACCAGCACGUGCCCAAUUUUUUUCAUGUAUCAAUAAAUGAAGCCGUAUUGACCAACAUAUUACAAAAUGUUUGUAUAAUGGGUUUAUUUGAGAAUAACACGUUAAAUUCAAAGAAUAGUCAGAAAUGAGAGAUUUGUGUAAAAAUGUAUCGAAGACCAAAUAUGAAGUUUUAGUCUUCUGCUAACAAUCAACGAAUACGACCAGUGAGAACAUUAAAUGUGGUCAUGAAAAUAUUAAAAGUAAUGAGGUUAUACAUUAUUUGCUAUUUGGAACUGACUUAUUUCGCAUUAUUAUUAAAACCAGUAAAAAACGCAGUAACUGGUAAUAUCACCAAUGUAGCGUAUCAAUGUCGACUUUGGCCAACUAAUGUAUCCUAUGAUAUAAAAUCAAAUACAAUUAUAACAACAACCACUACUGGUAUAACACAUAAUGUUUGUAUUACAUUAUACAUUACUCAUAAUUAUCGACGAAUUUUCAAUUGUGAUCAGAGAAAUAUUGAAAUAUACAAAAGCAAUGGUGACAACAACAAUACAUUCAAUGAACUAUUGAAAGAUAAUAAAAAUUCUAAAAAUUGUAUUAAUUAUGAGAGGAGCUGGGAUCGUUAUUUGGAACAAAAAACGCCAACUACAUAUAUAAGCGUAACCAAAAUUCAACUACAAAACAUUCGCCGUUAUUAUAAAAAUAUAUUUGAGAUUACCCUUUGUAUGCUAUUCGCCAUUGUUAUGGAUACAAUACCGAUCACAAUUUAUAAUGUGCGCAAGCGCAUACUGUUUUAUUGGGGUAAAUUUCAAAUAUUUUACUCUGUGCUUCCUUGGACCUUUGCAAUAAUUUUGUAUCAGCGUAGACAUAUACUGUGUUCACGACAUUAUAGCGCUGUUAAUUGUUUAUAUGAUAUUGUUAAGUUUGUCACAACGAUAUUAAAACAAAUGGCAGGGCAGUCAAGUCAGAAACAGCAAUAUUCAAUACGGAAGCAAUUAACAAUUUUUGCAGCUAUAACUGGUAGAAUAUUUUCAUUUUCUAUCGAAGGCACUCCAAAUCCAAUCACAGAUGUAGCGAUGCCGGAUAAUGCGGAGUGCGCAUAUUCGAAAAACGGAAUUUGUUUAUUUUUAUCUGAUCCAUCGACUGUUUUGGCAACAUCAAUCCUUGUACAGAGUUGCCAGAGGUCUUGCCAACAUUUUCUGCUAUUAAGGUUUUUUAUCGAUUUAGCAAAUCGAAAACUGUACUUGCUCAUGUCAAAGGAACGCCGUUUGUUUCGAAAACAUUUAAUUUUGCCAGCGUUAAUAUUGCAUGAGUUAAAUUUUGUUGAUGUUCGUUCCGAAUCUAAGUAUUCAUUUGGCAUUACAGGCGUUGUAGAAAUAGCAACUGGUAAUAUAUUGGCACAUCAAAAAUUUCAAAAAGCUGUGAUCACUCAAUUAAGAUCUAACCAGCCUAACACUUUUUUUGAAAAUAAUUACAAUAUAUAUGUGGAAACGUUUGAGAACAAUACUUGUACUUUUAAAAUUACAAAACUUCAAAAUGAACAUGAGCAUAGAGCCGAAGUUAUAUUAAAUUACAAACUUGAUAUCAAUGUUCGAAUAUACGAAACACUAUUGCUUAAAUUUUUUUUAGAGAUGCAACAUAAAUAUAUAACAUAUUUUUUAGUGCAACAGCUAUCAAAGCAUCGUCAACGCCGCACAAAUCUAAUGAGCGUGAAAUCGAAAUCACACUUUGUAAUAUCCAGAAAAUUGAAGAAACAUGUGAAGGCAUUAUCAAGAAUUUAUUUACUAACAAGGUCAAGCAAUAUUGCACUAUCUGUAUUAAAAAGGCCAAAUAUAAUCGGUGAGAGUAUUGAUUGGAAAUAUUAUCUUCAUACUUUUAUAAAAUUAGAAUUUUGCGGUUGUUCUUGGUGUCUUUAUUUCUAUCGGUAUUGCACUGCACUACUUGGUAGAAAUUUGAGGGUUUGUACGUACUUUUGUUGUAGACAAUGGUGUUGGCGACAGAAGGCACAUAACCUUUCACACUGCAUAUUCUGCUAUUCUUAUUUCCGUUGUUUUUGCUGUUUUUACUGUUGUUAUUGUUGUUGUUGUUGCCGCGUUCAUAUAUAUCCCAUUUCUAAGACAUCGCUGAGAAAAAAUUUUAAUAAGAAUCGAGCUUUCAACAAUUGCGUUUUUGUGUCGCAAAAAUAUUGGGAACGUGUAAAUACUAGCACUAUACGUAAAAGGCGGCUAAAUGCUAGGGAGAAUAAUAAAAUGGCAAAACUAUUACGGUGCUAUCGACGUUUCAUACAAUCUCACCAUCUUGUGAAAGUCAAAUAUGUAUGCAACAAUUCGCCUGAAUUAUAUACCUGUUUGACAAUCUAUCGAUUUCAGAACACACACCACUGUUGUUUGCAUUCCACCUCAACUACGGCAGCUGUACCAACAGCAACAUAUACGAAAAGAAAACAAAAUACCGAGGCAAAACAUAUGAAAACAAUGAAUUUAAUCAAUUUUAUACAAAUAUGUGUGUUACAUAUUGGUAAAGGCAUUUUUGAUCAAUUUAUUAAUUUGGCGGACUAUAUAUGCCGCUUCACUACGAACCUGCGAUUGAAAACUUCGGUGCCAGGAUCGGCAUCCAUUGCUAUAAAAGUUACAAGAGAACAGCAACAGCAGCAGCAACAACAUCAACAACAAAUGAUCAACAUUGCGCAUGAUCAACAAUUGAAGAUGAAUUAUUUGUGUAAAAUUUUUUGCAACAACUGGAAAAGACACCAUCGCAGGAGACGUCGUCGACGCCGCCGACGAAUGAAUAAACAAGAACAAGCACUUCAAUCCGUCCAACCUAAACAACAAGAACAUAUAAACAGUGAAAUAGAAAACCGUUUAGUUAGUCCUCGUUUGCAUAUAUUAGACUUGAAAGCUUGCAAAACAAUCUCAACAAAUUUGCCACAUUUGCACUUUGCUUUAUUAUCAAAAGCGUCAAAUGUAUUCAUUUUGGCAGCAAUGCGCUUAACGAAUACAAAAAUUGUCCAAUUGACAAAUGCUAAGCGUAAAGACAUACUAAGCUCGCCACAAGGCUCAAAUUUAAUUUCAACACCAACUACAACUAGUACUUUGCGCAUAAAUCGAAAUCGCACCAGACCGCAUCUUGUAUGGUUGUUUAUUGGUCUCGUUUGGUUUGAAGGCCCGAAAUACAUAAAUUGUACCUUACACGAAAACCGUCAGUCCCAACAGACUACUACUCAGGUCCAAGUGCAAGCACAAUCAGCGACACGCAGUACUACUCAAAUACCACUUCAGUCGCUUUCGACAUUAACGGUAGUUUCCCAAAACCAACAACGACGGCAGCAACAUAUGACGCCACCAACACAAAUAUCCACGGAUUUAUUUUUAUUAGCACCAAAUGCUAAGCAAACAAAGAGAGGACAAAAAGUUCCAACUGCCACGACUUUCAAAUAUAAAAAAAAACAAAGAAAAAAUAGCAAUGUCAACGGAAAGAGCAUUCGAAGCGGUAACUGUUUGCCAGCACGCAGAAACGCUGUAACGAGUAUAAUGACUACAACAAGAAAUGACAAGAAAUCUCAAUCGGAAAAUGACGAAUUGAAUUCAUCUGUAGGCCGUGAACGUUCUGAUUGCUUUGAUACACAUACAAUAGAAGCGGAAACCGAAUUAUUGGACGAAGAAGCACAUAAUGUACAAAAUGAUCACAUACGUCUGGAGUCCAUUAAGCGACAGAUAUUAACCAAGCUUGGACUGAAGCACAAGCCCAAUGUAUCGCAAACGUUACCAAGGCAAUUUAUAUGGGACACUAUUUAUCGGGCAGAUGGUAUCAAGGGUGUUGCCAGUGAUUUUGAUUUUAAUGAAAAUGGAUCGCAUCAAUGGAAAAUAAUAUCUAAAAUAACUGAUACAAAAGAAACGGAGAAAACCCAUACCCACAACACAAAAGGAAGUAGCAUGGCAUGGCUUCCUUUAAUAAUUAAAGGUUGGAAUGCAGGAAAACAGCACAACAGGGAGUACAAAGCGUAUUUGCAAAAUGUUCUGUUAGCGAAGUCAAAUAAUUUCACAUAUCUUAUGCGUAUUAAUACAUCUAAUUUAAACAAAGACUUUCGUGAAGUUGAGGAAUCAGAAAGCAUCGAUAGGACUUACGAUAACAGGGAUGGUCUAUAUGUCAUCGGAAAAGAUCAAAAUUAUCAAAUUAAUCAUAAUCGUAAUAAGGAUGCAACUACUGCCAAAAGUCAUAAAUAUAGCUCACAUCAACUUGACUUUGUUAUGUCAUCAGAUCAAAGACCCAAUGAAAACGACGAUUUUUUCGGCGAUACACAAGAAAUUAUCACAUUUGCUGAAAAAGGAAAUGGACAACCAAAUCGGAUCACGGAUCCCAAUCCAAAGAGAACCUGCCGAAGCCCAAAAGAUGAACGCAACAACAGCAGAAAUAGCGCAAAAAACCACCGGGCCAAUACUUUACCCGGCUCCCACACACCUAGCAAGCUUAAGUCAGCAAAGGGCUUGCCAAACAAACAAGAGAGAUUUCUAUUAAUAUAAAGUUUGUUUGUUUUAAAAUUUAAUAGUUUAAAUUACAAUAGUUUAGAUAGUGGUUUUAGAUUCGAUUUUAGUAUAUAGCUGGUGAUUACGACCUAAUUGUUCAUGUUACAUUGUGUUCUAAUUAAAGUUCUGAAAAAUCAAA